AUGAGAAAUGAAGUAGAAAUUGUAGGAAUUCCUGAAAACUUGGGUGAAAAUCUGAAUUAUACAAUACUCGUAGCAGCAACGAAACUGGGAGUUGACCUAGAAGAUAAAGACUUAGAUUGGGUAACUCGUGUGGGCAAACCGUUGCUCUACCAGAAGAUAGCGGCAAUAUGCCGCGGCCAGUGGUCGUUAAAUUUCUGCGUCGAUCUAAAUGGGAUCAAAUCCUUAAAGCUGCAAAGUUAA